GUGGAAGGACGCUUUCCAUAGAAAGAAGCCACCGAGAACCUUACCGAAACUUCUCGAUCCCUCCAUCAUCAUCUUUCCCUUUCCAUAAAUCUUCUCCAUCGCCAUUCAUUCCAUCGAAAUCAAUUCUGUUUCUGUCACACAUUUCAUCAAACACCUUGCUUGCGGAUGGCCGACGAAAGUGCAGUUACUGUUUAUGGCAACACCGCCAUAUCCGAUCCGAACAAGAAGAGCAAAAAUGGCUUUUCAGUCAAGGUCGGUUUAGCUCAAAUGCUCCGUGGCGGAGCAAUUGUUCAAGUCACAAACGUUGACGAAGCUAAGAUCGCUGAAUCGGCCGGAGCUUGUUGUGUAAUUGUCUCGGAACCGUCGCAAUCGGGAUCGGGAAUUUCACGGAUGCUCGAUCCAGCUGUUAUCAAAGAAAUCCAACAAUCUGUUGCAGUUCCUGUAAUGGCGAAGGCUCGUGUCGGCCAUUUCGUUGAAGCUCAGAUACUCGAAGCGAUUGGUGUUGAUUACAUAGAUGAGAACGAGGUUAUUGCGGUUGCCGAUGAGGAUAACUUCAUCAAUAAACAUAACUUUCGGAUUCCUUUCAUAUGCGGCUGUGGCGAUUUGGGGGAGGGAUUGAGGCGGGUGAGAGAAGGUGCAGCCAUGAUCAGAACUCAAGGAGAUCUAUCCGGAUCUGGCAACAUUGUCGACACUGUUCGUAACGUGAGGGAAGUGAUGGGGAAAAUUAGGGUUUUAACAAACAUGGAUGAAGAUGAAGUGUUCACAUUCGCGAAAGAAUUGCGUGCACCUUAUGACAUUUUGGCACAAACGAAGCAAAUGGGAAGGCUUCCAGUGGUUCAUUUUGCUUCUGGAGGCAUCGUGACACCUGCAGAUGCAGCUUUGAUGAUGCAGCUCGGCUGCGAUGGAGUUUUUGUGGGUUCUGAAGUUUUCAAUUCUGCUGAUCCUUACAAACGAGUUAGGGGAAUUGUGCAGGCUGUUAGAAACUAUAACGAUGCUCAUAUGUUAGCAAAGGCAAGUUCUGGGUUAAAUGACGCAAUAAUCACAAGCAGUUCUGAGUUGAAUGAUGCAAUUACAGGUCUGAAUCUUGAUGAGAACAAUGGAGGUAACUACUGAACUUAAUUGUUAAGCUUUUUAUAUGAUUUCAAAUGAUUUGUGUUAUAUAGUGUAUGAAAUCUGAUCGUUUUUUGUUCAGUUGUGCUUUGAUAUAAAUCCCAGAAGCUAAUAAGAUCUUUGACUGAAAUGGUGAAUUCAUAUGUACAACUUUCAUUGAUGGGAAUAAAAAUUUGAAUAAUCCUUGGUGCAUUGUUUUUAGCU